GUUGAGUAGCCGUGAUUAGAAAUAAGGUACAUCAAAAGUUUAUAUUACGACCGUAUAUCUAUUGUAAUGGAUCUUGUUGAAGAACCACUACAGAGAGGGACAGCGCAACAAAGCAGCAUUUCCCCCCCAUGAUAGAUAAAUAAUAAUUUUUUUUUUUUUCGAGCAAUUGGUCGACCAUCCUGUGUGGUACACGUGUGUGUUACUGCCAAAACUUCCCGAGUACUGAGAAAUGAAAACAAAGGCGGCAAAAAUUGCUCUCGUUAGUUAAGCUGAUAUUCAAUUUCUUUGUGCAGUUGUCAUUCCAAAUUUCACUCCAGUUCUCGUUGAAAGCAUUUCUGACUGUGACUCAGAAAGUGAGGAUGAUAUGCACUGACCGUUUUUUGGACAAAUCUAGUUUCAUUAUAACUGGCUAAACUUAAUUCCUGUCGUCCUCUGUCAGGAAGGAUUUCAUUUAGCAGCCAAAGCAGCAUGAAUUAUGCAUAUGUUGCACUUAAGUAUGAGGAAAUGGAAGCCUAAAGGGAAUUCAAUUUGCCAAAAUAAAGUGAACUAUUGUUAAUGAAUAUCACCUAAAAUGAAUGAACAAUUAAAAAGUCACACAAUAUUAAAAGGGUAAUAAAUAAGUGAGAUCCAAAGUUUCCUUUUACACACCCCCAUCCAGAGGUAAUUGAGAACCCGUCGAACAUGCACUGAUGAAAAAUAUCGGACGAAUUUCCCGCCCAGUACAAUACCCAUUUAGUCUACCGUGUCACGGAAAGGCUCAUAUUCUUUCGAAUUCCUCAUACAUGUAUAAUUAGAUAAUUUAUAGCUGAAAAAGACCGACAGCAAUUUAAUUUAUAGAACUUCCUGACAAUUUGUGACUCCUCUUUCUACUCUUUUGUUAAACUGAACCGCGUCUUGGUAGCAACUGUAUCAUAUUUUGAAUUUGGUACUGUGCCAAACGAUCGCCUUUUCUUUUUCUCCAGUUUUUACUCAUGUCCAGGGCUAGCCAUUAUAACAAACAGAGCGAAAUUUUGCAUUGGUUGACAACUGUUUGGUUAUCGAGUUUACUAUGGGCAGUGUCAGAAUGUUGAACUGAAAAUAGCUGACAGGAAGUCUUAAAUAUUUAUUACAUCUGUUUUCGGUCAAGGUCAGGGAAGUUGUCCUCUGGUGAAAUAAACCCCUUAAUUCAACAAUUUUGUUUACCGUUCAAACUGAAAGAAAUCGGUGAAACUAAAAGGAAAUUAAAUAUCCUGGAGAAAAUAGAAAGCGCUUCCAAGGUGGGAGAGGUUGACUUGCUGUGCUGUCUGUCUUUCACUCUCAACUAAAUUAAAAGCUGUUAAGAAAAAAAGUUGUUGUCAGGACAAUGUGCAAACUUUGCUCUUGACUUGCCAGUAACUUUCAUUCACAGAAACAAAUAAAUGGAUUGGUGGACUCUGGACUUAGUAGUAGUUAAUAGUGAAAUUGUAGUGAAAUAGCCUGGAAAAGUAAAGUAAGGUUAUACCCCCUCCCCCCCCACUACCCCUUUAAUGUCUCGGCGCAUUGUGUAAUAUUUGGGGCACUAGACGAGAUGAGCAUCGAAUGAGCAGAGCAGAGCAGGGAAUAACAUUGUCAUUUCAUUCCAAGUUUCUUUAAAGUAAUUAUAUGGUGUGUGCUAUUUAUUGGCCUCUUCGACGAAAUCAUACACUGAUUUAAACGAAAGUCUCAAAAUUUAGUCACAUAAACUGCACUGUAUCCCAAAAAGUCUAGCUGUGCGGAGUCAAAGCUUAAUUAUUAUUAUGCUGUCAAGCGCUGCGUGCGUGCAAGAUGAACCAAAUACUAUACUCCGUGAUAGAUAAAGGUAUCUUGCCCAUUUGGGAUAACUAGUGUUCUUUAUGCCAUAUUGACCAAGCAGGCUGGAUAUUGGACUCGUUCUCCGUCUCGGUCCAUAAACACGCGAAUAAUAAGCACUUGGCCAACAUCCAGUCAUCUUGACUUCACACGGUCAAUAAUCCAUACAUGAAAAGAAACAUCACAUGGCUAUUCACUUUUGUAAAAAUUUGUUACAUUUCGGGCACUGAGUAACAUCUCAAUUUUCAGACAAGACUAGGACAAGGAGGGGGAACUUCUCACAUCCACCUUCGCCAAGAGUUUUAUUACUACAGUUGCUAUACAGUGUUACCAACGAAAAGGACUAAGCAUCUUUUGGAAUGACCCCUACCAUGCUCUCAGGAUAUCCUCAUCCGUCCUUUAAGAAUACAAAAUUACACGUGCAUGAUAUUCAUGCCGGGACUAAAACAACGAAGUUGUCAUCUUUCAGUUGGCACUAAGGGGUCAAAGUUUUUUUCCAAGCGAUGAUAGAUCAGUUAUGUCUUGGCAUAUUCCGUAUACAGGAAGACGAAACUGCUGCUAAAAGGAAAUCAAACGUUCAGUUUACACGACAGUCGAUCUUCUUCCUGUUGUUCAGACAACUGUUUGUUAAUUAGAGCCGAUCAUGGAACCAAACAAGAAAACUUCCUCCAAAUGUGGCAACGUUCUCCACAAAGGUUCUUCGUUUCUGUCCUUUACUUCGUUGUUGUUGAUUGUUGCGCUGUCUUUGAGAAUGGAAUCGAUAAACAGGAAAACAGAGAUGAACGAACUGCGAAUUUCGAAGGUCGAAAGCCGCGUCGAGACCGAAUCGCCGCAGACAACAGACCACAAAAACGAAAUGGAAACACGAGAGAAUUCCGAAAAGACAACGAACACCAAAGUUCGCCGCAGCUUGAUCUCAGUCAGUAACAAAUCUCUCAGCAUAGAAGAUGUCCGUAAUGAAAUCGCCAAACGGUUCAGUAAACUCAAACCAGCAUCACUGUGUCAGCCAUUGGAGAAAGUGUGCGUCCCAGGCCCUCCUGGUAAGAAAGGAAGCAAAGGUUCUCGAGGAAGACGAGGGGUGCAAGGUGCCAAGGGUAAAAAGGGAGUGCAAGGCAUCAUGGGUUUACCAGGUAGACACGGCAAGCAAGGUAUCAUGGGAAAUCAAGGACCAAAAGGAGAAAAAGGCGAUAAAGGUGAGAAAGACGUGUACUACAAAUCUAUUUUGAAAUAUUCCGAAAAAACAACAAACACCAAGGUUCGUCGCAGCUUGAUCUCAGUCAGUAACAAAUCUCUCACCAUAGAAGAUGUCCGUAGUGAAAUCACCAAACAGUUCAAUAAACUCAAACCAGUAACAUUGUGUCAGCCAUCGAAGAAAGUGUGUGUCCCAGGCCCUCCCGGUAAGAAAGGAAGUAAAGGUUCCCGAGGGAGACGAGGAGUGCAAGGCACCAAGGUGUGGAAAGAACACAGGAUGGGUAAUCCAUUCUCGGUCAAUGCUUCUCUGAUAGGUUUAAACCAUUUUUAUAUCUUAACAGGCGCUGCUGGUCCGCGGGGGAUAAUGGGAUUGAAGGGAGAUCCUGGAGAAUCUAUUUCAUCUCCAGAAGUUACUGUAUCACCUGUCACUCAAACAGUCACUGAGAACCAGACCGCUACAUUUUACUGCUCAGCCACUGGAAAUCCAAGGCCUGCAGUGACCUGGAGCAAAGUUAAUGAGUCACUUGGAGAAAAACUACUGUCUACAAGUGAUGGCAGACUUGAAAUAGCGAAUUUAUCUUACAGCGACACAGGAAAGUAUGUCUGUGAAGCGAUAAGUGCCCUGGGACAGGAUCAGAAAAUAACGAGUCUUGUCGUGGAAGGUGGGUCCCUGUUACUAUUUUGGUGGUUUUGAAUAAAAUCGAACGAAAUGAUGCAAUCGUUAUAGAACUAAAAACAAACAUCUAUUCCAAUUAUCAAACCUCAUGUGAGGACGUCGUCAGAAUCUGACCAGUGGAUUAGCCUGCGUGGCAGCCUCAUUUUGCCGGACCCUUUCCCUCCUCUUCUACGGCCUGGCUCGCAGUUUACAGUGGAUUAACUUAAAAAUCCUGUAAUCAUCAACAAUCCUUUUACUCUAGUAAUUUAAUUGAUCCCCUCUUCACUUGAGAUGUCACAGGAGGUAUCGUAUGGACCGCAAGUAUCCUGAAAAUAGUUCGGCCAUUUUGUUUCAAAUCUGUCUUUCAAUAUCUGUCUUAAUCUACCUCAGCCACACCUAGCCUUGUUUAUGUACGAUUUAUUAUCACUUUUCAGUUCUUUGUUGUUGUUCCACCGUAGGUAAACGAAUAAAAUUUCGUUCAAUUUCAAAAUAUUUUUAUGUGAAUGCAACAAAGCUCCCUUAAGAUCAAAUUGAUAGCUGGGAACAGGUAAAACCAAGAGAAAAUGAGGGAAAAGACAUGUUACUGUCAACUAAGAAAUGACGCGCUUUUUAACUGGAAAAUAAGGUUUGACAAAGCUGAGAAAUGAGCUUUCAUUUUAAUUGGUUGCUACGGAGAAAAUAAAUCAUUGAAAAUUUAACUGGUAACUGAGAUCCCUGGACCCCCACAAAGACCCUGUUAAACGCAUUAAAACAUUUUGUCUUCCUUAAAUGAAUAUGACGCACCCGUAGUAUUUCUU